AUGGAUCAAGACGGAGAGAAACGUGUCCGUGCCAAACAAUCUGAUGACGAAGUUGAUUGGCUAAGAGAUUUGCCAGAAUCUUUGCUUUGUCAUAUUCUCUUGAAUCUUCCGACAAAAGAUGUUGUUAAGACUAGUGUCUUGUCUAGCAAAUGGAGAAAUCUUUGGAGGUUAGUACCUGGAUUAGACUUAGACAGUAGUGAUUUCACGGAAAACAAUACUUUUGUGAGUUUUAUCGAUAGGUUCAUGAGUUUUCACAGUGACUUGUACUUGAAAAAGUUUAAGUUAAGAUUCUUUUGCAAUCUUAAUGGGGAUGAGGUGAGUGAAAAUGCUCAUAUUGCGCGGUGGAUCAACGAUGUUGUUAAGCGGAAAGUUCACAAUCUCGAUCUUACGUGGGGUGCAGUAGAGAUACCUCCAAUCCUAUACUUGUGUAACAGUUUGGUGUCUUUAAAGCUUUGUGGCGUAACCUUGCCAAAUCUUGAGCUUACGUCUUUACCGUGUGUCAAAGUUAUCGUUCUAGAAUGGGUAAAGUUUGCAAAUGAUUUGGCUUUGGAAAUGCUUAUCUCAGGCUGCCUAGUUCUCGAAAGCUUAACUUUAUGCAGACGUCCCAAUGACAAUGUAAAAAUUUUACGUGUGAGUUCUCAGUCUCUAUUGAGAUUCAGCUAUAACGGCUCCAGUUACAAGGGUCUUCAUGAUGAUCUAGUACUUGAAAUAAAUGCUCCAAAGCUUAAGAUCCUCAAGCUGUUCUCUCAUCAAUUAACUACAAGUUUCAUAAGAAAUACUUCAAGUUCCAUUGUAGAGGCGGAUAUUAAUAUUGGUUUGGGAAAGAAGUUUGAUCCGAAGGAUCUGCCGAAGAGAAAUGUGAUUUGCAAUUUUCUUGCCGGGAUCUCCAGUGUCAAAAAUCUGUUCAUUGCUCCAUGUACUCUUGAGGUCAUUUAUGAUUACUCAAGAUGUGAACCACUACCCUUAUUCUGUAACCUAUCUUACUUGAGCGUUGACUUCUACAACAACAGCUGGGAAAUAUUGCCAAUCUUUCUUGAGAGCUGCCCGAAUCUAAAAUCCCUUGUCGUGGGAUCUAUAACAUCUCCAAAGAGGAGAACUAGUGUUUUAUCUGGACCUAGGCGUCUCCUAUCAUCUCUUGAGUAUGUUGAAAUAGAAUCGCCAUUGACAGGGGAGGUCUUUGAGAUGAAACUUGUGAGUUACUUACUUGAGAACUCACCAAUCCUCAAGAAACUCACUAUAAAUUUGGAUGAUUCUUCUAGAAAGAAAGCAGAAUGUGAACUACUUACCAUUCCAAGACGAUCUACCUCAUGCCAAGUUGUCGUCCUCUGA